ACAAGUUUCAAAACUUUCAAACAGGGCAGACAGACAGAGAGACAGAGAGUCGGACGGCCCGUGUGACAGAGAGGAAUCAAGCUUUGGACAAACCGCUGCACCACACACUCCAAACAAGAACUGUUGUCUUUUGAGAAAGAAAAAAAAAGAGUGAAGAAAAGAAAGAGGCAGAGUCAUUGUGGAUCAUUUUCAGGGGGAAUAUCCUGCACCACAUCUUGUUUGUUUUCUCUUUCUUUCUCGUCUUCCCCCUCCUCUCAGAUCUCGAUGCUUUGCUUUGGGAUUUGUGCUCCAAAUCCAUCAGAUUCCUCUCUUGAUCUUUCUCUUUGUCAUCUGAAACAUUUUGAGCUACAAAUUUUUUCCAGAACUUUGCAACCCAACAAAGUGAAACAGACGUUUGCAGAAUUUCACUUGGACUAAAAGUUGAAUCCAAGCCCGGUUCUGGAAUGAAUUUAACCGAGCCCAGCUUGUCUAGAGAGACUCUCCUGCAUGCCAGCCGGAUGUCCCUCGGGGGCCCCUGGGUAUCCGGGACCCCGAGCCCUGCUUCUGAUUCUGAAAUGGGCUUUGAGCAGAACCUCUCCGGGGACUGCAGCUCUCCCGACGGCCUCGGAAGCGGGAGCAUGAGGAGGACAGAGCCAAGGAUUUCUCUGACGCCCAGUUCAGGGGGACAGAGUCCGGACCUGAGCCAGGCUGGAGGUGUGUCGGCGGGCACGGCCGAUGGGAAGGCUGUGGGGGGCGAGCAGAGGAUCCGCAGGCCCAUGAACGCCUUCAUGGUCUGGGCUAAAGAUGAGAGGAAGCGACUGGCCGUGCAGAACCCCGACCUGCACAACGCUGUGCUCAGCAAGAUGCUCGGUCAGUCAUGGAAGGCCCUUAGUGCCACAGACAAGCGACCAUUUGUGGAGGAAGCAGAGCGUCUGCGUGUCCAGCACCUCCAGGAUCACCCAAACUACAAAUACAGGCCUCGCCGCAAGAAGACCACCAAAAAACUGAAGCGGGUCGAGCCGGGGCUUCUGCUCCACAGCUUAGCCCAGGGCGGGGCACCAGGCCUUGCAUUAGGACACAGUGUCAACCCACUGGGUGCAGAAAGUGGAGGUUCUGCUUACGGACAGCUCGGUGGCCAUCCCUCGCAUCACCAUCACUCCCACCACCUGCUGCACCCACUCGGGCACUUCAGGGACCUCCAGGCCCCGGGACACUCAGAGCUGGAGAGCUACGGCCUGCCCACUCCAGAGAUGUCCCCUCUGGAUGUUCUGGAAGAUGGAGGUGGGGAAUCUGUGUUUUUCCCCCAGCAUGUGCAAGAGGAGGCGGGGAUAGGGGGAUGGAGUGGCUACCACCACCACCUCCACCAUCAUAACCAGCAUUAUAGCCAUAAUUACAACAACCACAGUCAUCACAGCUCCUUAAAUAGCUCAGCGACACACAGUCAGAGUUCAGGAAUGAGUGUUGGUGCCAGUUUGAGUCCAGGUAGGAGCUCCAGAGUUGAGUCAAAUAUGAGCUCCAGGUUAAAUCACACCUCUGGUCACCACAUCGCUUUGAGGAGUCCUGUUAAGUGCCCACCACCUUUAUCUGACUCCUCCUCCCCUGUCUCCUACACCCAGCCCUCCAUCAGCCUCCCUGAGCCGAUUAAAUCCCACCAAACGCCGCAUCAACCCACCGCUCCUGUCGGCUACUUUGGCCAAAUGUAUGGGAACAGUGCUCCAAAUGCAUACUACAUGCCGUCUCACCUGGGCCAGCUCUCACCUCCUCCUGAGAGCUCUCCUUCUUCCUGCUCGUCCUCCUCCAUCCCCACGUCAACCUUCCCUCCUCCUUUUCACUUAGACCCCUCAAAUCCCGAUUCCUCCUGCCAUCUGGGGUCUUCCUCUGCUGAGUUCUGGUCCGAAGUGGACAGGCAUGAGUUCGACCAGUAUGUGAAUGUUGGAAGGAAUCGAGAGGAGGCCUACGGACGUGGUGGGAGCUGUGGAGGUGGCUCCAAAGUCCUGAGUGGGCGCAGUAGCAGUAGUGUAGGUAGCAGCAUGAAUAGCAGCAUUCUUAACAGGGAUGUCAGUAGCAUUUUGAGCGGUGCUGGUGGGUGUGAUGAAGGGAGCAGCCCUCUCAUCUCUGCUCUCUCUGACGCCAGCAGUGCUGUCUAUUACAGUGCCUGUAUCACUGGAUAAAUACUCAAAGAUCUCAUCUCUCUUAUGUACCUCCUUGCAUACUGCACAGUUUGGUUUGGUUCAUUUGAUACACGUGAGGAAGUAUGUUGGGAAGUUUAGUUUCGGCUCAUAUUCUUAAUCAGUGCCAUGCCUUGCUAAUUCCUCACAGAUUCUAAAAUUAAUACGUUUUUGUAAAUGCCAAAAAGAAAAACGCAGAUGAGUGUUUUCUUCAAAUAAACUCUUACUGGAGCUGAAGGAGCCAAAACUUAAUUUUUUAAAAAUGUGCUAACUGGAAAAAAAAAACUUAACUGGAAAAGAAAGCACUUUUAUCAAAUGAAAUAAAACACAAAUGCUAAUGACUUAGUUUUGGAUUAUUAAUUCAUUCCUGAACAUUAUAUGAAAAAGUUGGCUGGCUAGCGAACCAGCUUUUCCUUGAUAGCUGCGUGCCAUGCGCCUGGUGUGUCUAGUUUAGACCAACGUCAACUUGCAAGCAUGAGUAGUUUAUGGCCAUAGGAAUGAAGCUCAUGGCACCUUUCUAGGCAGAUCACUCGCAGAGGGUUUUUUUGCUGAGCAACUUCAAACCCAGCUAUUGUCAGUCAUUUAGCUAACAUAGAGGAUUACAUUCGCUAAUGUUGUUGGCAAACUUAAAGGCACACUUCACCUGCAAAAUGACUACUUGUAUUUUAGUUGCUCUCUGCGUGUUAAACUGAAAUUGUGAAGAAAACUUUGUUUUUUCUUGCAG